AUGGCGACUGCUCGUGGCGGGAAGCUUAGGAGGAGGACUACGAGCAGGCGGGCGCGUGCGGGUGCUGCGUGCAUGGAGGCCAAGCCGGGGGAAGCGAGUGCCGCGCCUGCGCCUGCGCCUAUGGCGGCGGCGGCAGCAGCAGCAGCGGUUACGGCGGCGGCACCAGAGGCGACGGUGAGCUUCCAGCAGCCGGCGGCGGCGCCAGCCGCGGCGGCGGAGAGGGGUAGCUCGAGCGCCGUGCUGGUGCCGCCUCUGGCUACGGCGGCGGCGACGGCGGCGGUGGCGGGAGGCAGCGGCGCGAUGGCGCUCGGGCCGGUGCUGAUGAAGGUGCCGAAGAAGCGCGGGCGGCCGCGCAAGUACGGGCCGGACGGGAGCCUGAUCCGCCCGCUCAACGCCACGCCGAUCUCGGCGUCCGCGCCCAUGCCGACCUCCGUGGCGCCGGGGCAGUACACGCCGGCGUCCGCGGUGGGCGCCGCCAUGAAGCGCGGCAGGGGACGGCACCUCGACUUCGCCGCCGCCGCCGCCAAGCAGCAGCAGCAGCAGCAGCACCACCACCACCAGCUCCACCACCACCAACACCAGCAGCCGCAGCAGCAGUUCGGCUUCCACUUCAACUACAUAGGUGACAUGGUGGCAUGUUCUGCUGGUGCAAAUUUCACUCCACAUAUAAUUACCGUUGCUCCUGGUGAGGAUGUGACGAUGAAGGUUAUAUCAUUUUUGCAACAAGGACCACGGGCUAUCUGUAUUCUCUCAGCAAACGGUGUGAUAUCGAACGUUACACUUCGUCAGCCUGAUUCCUCUGGUGGCACGUUAACUUAUGAGGGACGCUUUGAGUUGCUGUCCUUGUCUGGGUCCUUUAUGCCAACUGAAAGCAGCGGAACACGAAGUCGAUCAGGUGGGAUGAGCGUGUCUCUUGCGAGCCCAGACGGUCGUGUUGUCGGUGGAGGAGUUGCCGGCCUGCUGGUGGCAGCAAGUCCUGUUCAGAUUGUGGUCGGGAGCUUCCUGCCAAGCUACCAGAUGGAGCAGAAGAACAAGAAGCCGCGGGUGGACGUGGCGCCUGCUACCGUCCCUCAGACGCCUCCCGCGGUCCCGAUCUCGAGCGCGGACACCCACAGCAGCGAGCAAGGGCAGCAGAGCUCUGCGGCCCAGAGAGGGAUGACCUCAGGAGGAGCCUACGGCGCGGACCAGAGCUGGGCAUCCCCUGCGCAGCAGCCGAUGGCAGAGGUGUCCAGGACGCCGUCGUCUGGGGACCUGAAGAUGACUGCGUCCGGAUCAUGA